CACUGGCCAUUCGCCUCGCACGCUCGGCACUCGAUCCAGACGACCAGAAAGCCACGGAGAUCGAGAGAGUGCCUGAAGGGACGCGUGGCUCAGUCCGUCACGUGGACGCAUAGAUGGGCGAUUGCUGAUCAAGAUGCACCCAAACUAAGCUCAGGGUGCAUGAUGUGAGCAACGACAUCACUGACUACUAUUUGCCAUCCGUCAGCCUGGCCAAGAUGAUGGCGCACAGGGGCCUGGCGACAUGCUUGACCUGCAGCAAGUCCGUCUCUGCUUCGCUGCUGCCCAAGUGUGUCAUACACUCGUGCUGUUCGCGCCCCGUCUGCCCGCAGUGCCUCGAGGCGCGACCGCGACUGGCGACGUUCUGCCCCUUUUGCGAGGGCGUCGACCAUGCAUUUCGCAAGGGCCCCAGAAGCGACGUGACGAGGGCGGGGCAGGUACUAUGGGACACGGAGAGGAUGCUAGACGAAACAGAAGAGCUGCCCGAAGUGUCUGAGGAGGAGAGACGGCGGCCGCCACCGACGUACGAGGAAAGCGCAUACGGGGCAACCUCGGCGCCCUCUGACUUUGUCCUUGGCGGCGACGAGGAGGAGGAGGAAGAGGAGCAGCGGCGCCAGCAGAGUGCAGGGCCUUCGCUGCUGAGCAGUGCGUCGUCCAAGGCGCUCCCAUCGCAGUCAUUGGUGGACAGGAGCCUCUUGGCGACGGUCACUACACCCGCCCCAUCUCCACCAGCGGGAGGCCCCUCGUCGACGCUUCGGGAGCUGUCCAGCGCACGUACGAGACCGAGUGCUUCGACAGAGGAGACACCAGCUCUGCGAGCGUCAACGGUCAGCAAGACAAGUCCACCACGUCCCAAUGCAGAUGACGACGAAGAGGCCGACGGGCGCACGCGCCAGUACUGGCUACGUCCCAACGACUCGCUCCAGGGCCUCUCGCUACGCUUCCGAGUGCCCGCUGCGCUUCUUUGCAAGAUCAAUGCGCUUCCCCUCUCCACGAUCCAUUCGACGCCCCACCUCGUCCACACGCGGCCCUUCCUUCUCAUCCCAGAGCCCGCCAUCGCGGCGGCCCUCUCGCAGCGCGACAACGCCAAUGGCAGCACCGCGACAUCGGACCUCGAGGAGGCACUCCAGGGGCCACGCCCGCUGUCGGCGAGGGAGAAGACAAAGCGGGCACGCGCAAAGUCAGAGGGCAGGUUCCGCGCACUCGUUGCGCGCAGCGAGGCGCCUUCGAUCAAGGGCAAGGCAAAGGCCGCCGACGAGAUCAGGUGCGACGAGAGAGCGGCGCGCGUCUAUGUCGGCCUCGUCGAGGAGGAGCUCGAUGCCGUGUCGGGAAUUGCAAAUAUCGAGGGAGAAACAGGACGAUCGCGCGGCAAAGAGGAGGAAGAGAAGGACGAGGCAAUGACGGAUGCCGAGCGAGAAGAGCGCUUCGAGACGAUUGUCAAGCUGGCCGUGUCGAGGUGGGAGAUGGACAGCGAGUGGGAGCGCGAGAUGCGCAUCAAGGGCCUCGAUCCACAUGCGUCGAGCAUGCGCCAGCACGCGGCGUGGCCCUCGUCAGCGACGUCGAGCAGCGGCAGCAGCAACAGCAGCAGCAGCAACAGCAACUGGCUCAACCGCGUCUUUGGAUCAGGCGCCUCUUCGCGCGCGCCGCGGGAGCACUGGCAGCAGUCUCCUGCGUCCCGGCGGCCCCUCGUCAGUGUCGGGCCACAGAAGCGAGGCGAAUGAAGUGGGCCUGGCUUCCCAUUUUUCAAUUCUGUAUUUUUACAUGUUCUACCCUCUAACAUUGCUUUUGUGGACCAUUUUCAGAGAGACUGAUGCCUUGACGGUGCUGUGUUCGUUCCCGCCAGAUUAAGUUUGCAGACGAUGAUGAUGCUACGACGACAUGAUAUUAUCACACUACUGCUAGUAAUACGACUG